AAUUUUCGAGUUUGCACGCCUCCUCCUAGCGUUCCAGACCAAAGGGCUGCGAAUAAGGAGAAAAUCAACCAAACCGGUUUCGGGAGUGGGACGCGAGCUGAGAUUCCCAGAGCGAGUACUGUGUGACACCAACCCGGAACAGGCUGCUGGCGCCUUUGGGCUCCCGGGACCAGAGGCUCGGGUCCUUCCCCAAAAGAGUCCACCCCUCCCGGGCCCACAGUCCGAGGCAAGUACCAGCCCUCGGGCAAAAGAGCGCGCAGUGGGCGCGGGUGGGCGCCGCCUCGAGGGCUUCCCGAGUUUCAAACUGCGCCUCUUGGGAGUCACCGGGCGCAUUCGCUCCUUUCGUUUCCGGGGUGGGGGCUAAAGGACAGAAAAAUGUCUCCUUGCACGAGCCUCCCGCGCUCCAGCCCUCGGCCUGGAGGGUCGCCCUGGGAGGAGCCCACGUGGCCCCGGGCCCCCCUCUGCCGCGCCGAGUCCUCACCCCGCAGGCGGCUGGGGCGGGUGCCCGGGAGGGCGGGGGCUUCAAAACCACUCCAGGCACUGCCGCUCGGCCCGCUGUGCCCGCAGAGGACGCGGGAAGAACCGACGGACACUCACCGAGCAGCGGCCGCCCGGCUGGAUCCAGAACGCACGGCGCGCGAAGCCACCCAGGUGCCGCCGCAACGCGGGCGCGAGUUUGAAUGUCGCUCCGGGAAGGGGCCGAGGCUGCCGGCUGCUCCCGCCCACCGCCAGCCCCUUGGCGGCCGGGGCGCGGCCAGCUGCGAGCGCGGCCCCCGGGGACCCCAACCCGCGCGCGCCUUCCAGCGCCCGGCAGGAAGUCGGGGCCGAGCAGAGCGGCAGCAGCCGCGGGAGGGGACAGGGAGGGCGGACCAGGAAUUUUUCCAGUGGGUGGAGACUCGGGCCAGCGACUGGAAUCCCGCGAUUGGCAGCUCAGCGGGGGACGGGGGCAACCUCGCGGCGCUGCGAGCUGGAACCCGGGAUGUAAAUCCAAACCUCCGAGAAGCUGACAAGAAAGAGAUGAAGAAGCCGAUAACUUGGAGGGAGUCCACCACGAGACUGUUAGGUGGGAAGAGCAAGAGGCAGAAACCCGUGUAAUAAAGGACCCAUUUUGGUAAA